UAGUUGCGCACUAUCCAGUCCAUGAUCAUGGACAAGCUUCUCUAUUAUAUUUAAGCUGCAAUGUCCUCUUAAUUUCUCCAAUAACUGUUCGUUUACAUUAGUAUAAAUAUGUCCAUGGUGCUCAAAAGUGCGUUGCUCGUCUGUUUCUUUAUACUACUUUUGAAUGAAGCAUCUGUGCAGGACAUAGUUCAGGGUUUUAUCAGAGAUUCUGCACUUUUGCCGUGCCGUAUUAAGACCGGGCAACUAAAAGUCAACACUGCACACUGGAGAUAUAACGACAGCAAAAAUGUUUACGACAUACUAAAUGGCCAAGGGACGACGAAGGAGCAGGACGCAGAGUACAAGGGCAGAACUGAAACGUUCCCUUCAGAGUAUUCGAAAGGAAACUUCUCCCUCAGGCUUGGGAAUCUUCAGAAAAGUGAUGAAGGGUCGUACUGCUGCUUCAUCCCAAAUGCUGAGUUUGAUCUCAACAAAUGCAUAAAUCUUCAAGUCAGAGAGAAACCAAGAGGAAUCCAAGAGAAGCCAGGCUCAAACAGUGGAGUUGAAACCACAGCAGAGAGGAUUGUAUCUCUGUUAUUUCCUCUCUUCUCUGCUACUGUUCUGCUCUGUGUGUGAGUGGUGACUGCAUAUAGUUCAGCAGUGUGUGCUUUAAUUACAGUGAGUCUUGACGUGAGCAAUAUUACUAUUUUCUACUGUGUACUUACUGAACCACAAGAUUACACAUAGUAAACUGUUUACUAGUUUACCUUUGGCAGAUCAGUUCCACUAAAAUGUUUGCACUAGCUUUACGCAUUUAUUUAUUUAUUUAUUUAUUUAUUUAUUUUUUUAAAAUUAUUUACAUUUGUUUUAAUUUAUUUGACCCUUUUAAUUUAUUUUAUUCUAUAUGUUGAAUUUGACUUGUUCAAGCAUGUUGUGUUAACUCUGUUGUGUAAAAGUGCUAUGCAGCCUGAAAUAGUGCAAAUAAAAUUUGUUCUGUUUGCUGUUUGAAGAAACUAGAUGCACAAGUGAAUUGCAUUACUUUUGUCUACUAAGCAAGUAAAAAAAAAAUAAAGAAUUGUACAGGCUACUUAAGGAAGAACCUGGCCCACAUGUAAAGCAACCA